AUGUCCAGCCCUUCGCCCUCCGCCGGUGGCGAGACCAAGCAAGCCGACCAGAUCCAUUUCAAGUUCUGUCGCGAAUGCUCCAACUUGUUGUACCCCAAGGAAGACCGCGUGACCAACCAGCUGAUGUUCACCUGCCGAACUUGUCAUGUCGGCGAGCCCGCUUCCUCCUACUGCGUCUACCAGAACAAGCUCCACAGCCAAGUCGGCGAUACUGCCGGUGUCACCCAGGAUGUUGGCUCCGAUCCCACGGUUUGUCUCCCUGGUUUCUGUACCCUAUGCGGCGAGGAAAUCACAUGUUCUGCCUGCGGCCCGGACCCUGAUGAGGCGCGUGUUGCGGACAACACCGACAGCUUGAACUCCUCGGAUACCGACUCCUGGCUCAGCGCCGGCUACUUUGAUAAUUACUGGGCGUUCAGUGGCUAA